AUGCCCAGACCGCUGCCUCUUCAGCCCGGCCUGGGACCACUGGGGCACAGCUGGCGGCCUCACACGGCUCCCAGCAGAGCCACAUACACCUCCAGGAGAGGAUUAGAGCAGCCAUGGAGCCGCACACACACAGGUCAGCAGCUUACCUUGCAGCAGGUGGAGCCUCUGAUCCGCAGCAGAGUGGAGAACAUGAAGUCAGCCUUCAUGGCGCUGGAUCCUGACGGGACGGGUCUGGUGAGCAAAGAGGAGUUCAGACGAGUCCUGGAGAGUCUGCUGCCUGUUUUCAAGAAGCAGCUCCAUGCUGUGAUCAACCAGGUGUGUGCGGGCGGCGCUGAGACCGUCGACUACCUGCAGUUUCUGAGAAGUUUCAGUCGAGCUCCGGCGGCCUGCAGAGCCUCGAGCAGCCGCAGCAGUGUGAGGCGAGGACAACUAAACUCUCCCAUGACUCUGUCUGAGAUACAAAAGCAUCUUAAAGAAAAGAUCGGAGGCAACCUGGAGAACAUGAUCAGAGUGUUUCGCCUGUUUGACUUCAACCGAGGAGGACGCAUCCAGCAGCACGAGUUCCGCCGCAUCCUGGACAACUACUGCGUCCGCCUGACGGACAAAGAGUUUCAGAGGUUGUGGAGUCACUACAGUCCCAGCAACGGCUCCACCGUUUCUUAUGAAGUGUUCCUGGAGACGCUGGGCUUCGGUGACAGCCUUAAUUUCAAGAUCUCUCCCAUCUGCACUAAGCUAGAGGUGUGCAGCCGUGGGAAAUCUCCCCCCGAUCACGUUAAACACAAGAAGCGGACGCCAGGAGAUCCGUCGGUCCUGCCGCACAGGACGCUGCAGACUCUGUUCCACGACAAGAUGUGUGUGAACUCCACCUCAGUGUGGCAGGCGCUGCAGGCCUUCGACAACACCCGCUCCGGCCUGGUUACACAGGAAGUCCUCAGGGCCGUUCUCAGCAGCUUCAUAUUUCCCAUGAACCUUCACUCCUUCAAGAAGCUGACCAGCCGAUAUGGAGUGAGAGAAACUGAGCCGCUGAGGUGGAAACACUUCAUGGGCCACUUCAUGAGCUCAGUGAAAGAAGAAGACGAAGAAGAGGACACAAAUGUUCACAACAACCGGGUCUCACAGCAGGCUGCCCACGAUGAAGACGAGUUCCCUUUCCAGGAUUUUUACCCCAAACUCAAAGAGGUCUUCCUUCUCUUGAACCAGAAGGAGGCCGCUCGGGUCACUCGAGCAGACCUGAGGCAUUUACUGGAGAGACCAGUCGAGAGCCAGGCUCGGAUCUUCAAAACUCGCCUCAGACGUUCACAGAUCACAGAGCUGCUCAACGUGCUCGACCCUGAACACACCGGGAUCAUCCAGCUCGCCGACCUGGAGCGACUCAACCCGACCGACGCCGCGCCUGCGCCAACAGGCAACAGAGUUACACCGCCCGCCAAUCCCAACACUGCAGAGACCAAGGAAGUCCCAAAGGAGACGAAAGAAACUGAUGUGGAGCAGAAAUCCUCGGCUGAGAAACCAGAGACCACACGGAGCGAUGAUGAAGUGUGUGUGGCGUCUGCUUCACAGAGAACACUCGGUGCAGUGCUCGAGGCUCUGAGGCUGUUUGACCCUCAGCGCUCUAGAAACGUCACACAGGAAGAUCUGAAGAUGGCAUUAAGCUGCUCUGGCAUGAACAUCUCAGACACACAGCUCAACAAGCCGUGCGCUUCACUGGAUGCAGUUUUUCAGAAGAUGAGCUCGAGGUCAGAGCAACGAGAGAGCAGACUGACCGACAGAAUCCAGACCAUCUGCCACAGCUCAGAUGGGACACUAUCGAAGAGAGACUUGAGGAAGAUUUUAGAGGACAUCUCUGUCAUAUUGGAGGAUAAAGAUUUCAACAAGUUCACCGACCAGCUGGGCUUCAGAGGCGGACGGAUCGAGAGCUCGUCAUUCCUGCGGAAAUACGAGGAGGCCACAGUCAGACGCGGGCGGCGGAGCGCCGAGGGUCAGGGCGUUGAGGAGGACGAGGUCGACCUCCUGCUCACUACAGCCCAGCGGUGCCUGGGUGCCAUGAAAACCAGGAUCAAGACCAUGCACGGGGAUAACCUGGCAGCGUUCCGUCUGAUGGACAGGAGGCGUAGAGGCGUGGUCGACUGCCACGACUUUAAAAAGCUGUACGACAGUCUGGGGUUUUUCUGCAGGGAGGACGAGUACGAGCGUCUGCUGGAUCUGAUCGGCCUGCAUCCCGGAGGAAACCUCAACUACAAAGAGUUUGUGGAUGUUGUGGAAAAUAACGGCAAGCGGAAACGAGAGACACCAUCAGCGAGAGUACAGCAGCAGCUCCAUGAACUCCUGUCUUCUGAAGCUCGAUACAGGUGGACAGACGUGUCCAAGGUUCUGUGUCAGUCGGACUCAGACGGUCAGUGCUGGAUCCAUAAAGACAGCCUGAGGAGACUCCUCUUCACUUAUUCUCUUCCCCUCACAUCUGAGGAGUUUGACCGUCUUUGGUUGAGGUAUGACCCAGAGCAGCGGGGCCGUGUCGCGGUUUGUGGCUUCCUGGAAAAGCUUGGCUUUCAUCAUGAACGGGAACUCAGGACUGGCCAGAAUCUGAACCAAGCUAAAGCCCAACGCGACCACAAGAGACCAGCGACCUCUGAUGACUCCUCUUUGAAAAAUACAGAGCUCAAAGUUUCCAUGGAUGACGCCUGUGAGAGGCUUUCUUCCACCGACUUCCUGUCUGCGUUUGAAAAUAAAUCAGAGAAGAAGAGUGAGCGCCCUCCUUCCUCACCUGAUGCUCUGCGUCAGAUUGAGUGUUUGGACGACCUCAGUCCCGGCGCCGCUCUGGUUCGGAUGCGCGAUCUCGUCAUGGCCUCAGCUCCUAAUCUGUUUAAGGCGUUCUCGGCCUUCGAUCGGGGCCGGACGGGGACGCUCACAGCUCUGGAGUUCCGUCAGGUUCUGGAGAGUUUCUGUGCUCGUCUCUCUGACAAACAGUUCAGACACAUCCUGACCACGCUGGAGCUGGACGGCGAGAGCUGCACGGUUAACUGGAAGGACUUCCUCAACAAGUUUCAAUCCAAGAGCCCACCAGUUACAACAGAGAGGUGCUCGAGUAGGACUAAAACCAAGCCCCCUUUUCACACUAAGACCCCCGACAUCACAGACCGCCUGAAGCAGAGCCAGGAGGUCGUCUCUGAUCACCUGUGUAAAAUCAACCUGGACCUGGACUCUUCCCAGAGCGGCCCGGUCUCCAAAGAGCAGCUCAGACAGAUUUGUGAUCGACGCAGCCGGAGACUGACAGACGAUCAGCCUGUGUGGAGUGAAACGCCUCUGAAUGAGGAGAAGAAGCUGCAGCACAGGGAGUUUCAGAAGCGUUUUGGUACUCACAGCAUGACGCUCCACCCAGAAGGAAGCGGUUCAAACAUCCCCCGUGUCCCAUCGGCCUCCCCUGAGCCCAGAGGGUCGCUCUCUGCAGGGGCCGUUCUGCAGCGCACUCGGUCUGCCCCCCAGUUCUCCUCCAGGCGUCCUGCCUCAGCGGGCAGGCCGUGGACAGGAAGCCCAGCGGGCGGCGUGGAGCGGCGGCUCCGUGCGGCGGUGCAGCGCUGCUGGAAGGAGAUCCAGAGGAGCUGCAGAGAGGAGGAUCCUCAGAACGAAGGACUUAUCAGCACCUCCUGCUUCCUGAAGAUCCUCCAGUCGCUCAGCAUCACUGUCACUCAGACGCAGUUUGAGCUCCUGGCUGUGAAGCUCGACGUCAUGACUAAAGGCUGCGUUUCAUACCACGACUUCCUGCGUCACUUCCUCCUCAACCUGAAACCAGAAGAGACUAUGAAGGCUUUUCAGCGGCGUAAACUCCCUCUACCUACACAGACGAGUCGAGGUGUUCUGAGCAGAGCCUGCGUUGACGUCAUGCUGAGGAUCUACGACGUGGUCCGCUCCUCUUGGACCUCCAUCAGGCGCUGCUUCCUGGCGUCUGACCGCGCCCGCACAGGAAGCGUCUCUGUGCAGGACUUCAGGAAGGUGCUGCGCCACUUCAGCGUGAAUCUGUCGGAGGACGAGUUCUUCCACCUGAGCUCUUUUUUUGACGCCGACACCACAGGAAAGAUCCGCUACGACAACUUCCUCUGGACGUUUGUGCACUGACACCAGAUCAGAUACCCGCAGCAAGAGUUCAGGACAAACUGAAUGAGAAGAAAGAGGCAUUUGAGGCUCGUCCAGGUCCAUCGUUUGGCAUUAACUCAGAGUAUUUAAGAUUCAGUGUGAGUUUGUGAGUUAACUUUAACCCUUAAUGUGAAGCACCUGAAAGUGGCUUCUCUGAAUUUAAUACAAAUUCCCUGAAAAAUGACUUUCCUCUCUGUACACCCAGCUCCUCGAAAUGACUUCACAUGUCCAGUUUAAGUUUGUCAGGCCACGUGUCCACCGAGUGCUUGUUUUACGUUGCAGAAAGCAGCUUGAAGCUUUUGUGUGCUGAGAAGAAAAGUGCUGCACGUCCGUCCGGUCUUUGUCACAACAGUCUGUUGACAACGGCCGCUGUUUUAUAUGCGAGAUCGUUUCUUUACCGAUCUGUAGGAGACAAAAAUAUAAGGAAUAUCUUAUAUUGAAAAGAGCGCCGGUGACGUCAACAGUGCCUUUCUGGAAAGCUGAAAGAUUUUCAACUUGAGCGCUCGGAGGCAGCCGCAUAAAAAGGCUGAGCGCUCGCCAGAUAGACGCUGGGCGCUGCGCUUGUUCUUUCUGCUGAGAAUGUUCUCUACUCACUGGAACUAUUUAAAAAAGAAACUGGUGCUCAGAAAAAAAAAACACUGAGUGGACACGGGGCCUCCGGGGUUAAAUUAAUCUCCACACUUCUGUAGCCAAAUAUGCAUGCAAUAACACAGAAGUUUUUAAUUGUAAAAGUUGUGAUAAAUAAAACUGGUUUUCUGACGGUGAGACUGUGAUGUCGUUUAUAGAAAGCUGUUUUAAUCCGCAGUAUGAGAAAGUACAUCCUCCACAGGCAGUGUGGUGGACCGCACCUCCUUGGUGCC